CCACUGCCUAAAACUGACCCGACCCCUCUACGUCUUCCUCACAGCAGCGAGACCCAGAACCCCCAACACCGGGCGCGUCCUUCUUCUCCAACAGUGUUCAACGGAAAUAGCGUACGUUUCUUCCCCAGACGCAUCAGUCCGGCAAAAACCGCGACUCUGACCCGUCAACAUCAGCCACAAAGCAAACGGCGAAACGACAGUAAACGGCGUACUAUACACGUCGUCUUCAUCGCCUCAACAGUACAACAGUACGCCCUCACGUCCCCUUUAUCCUCCUUUUUUUUCAGAACUUCCCAUCUGUUGCUUCGAAAAUAGCAGAAGAAUUCAAAAAAAAUGGAUUUUCCCCAAAUCGAACAAGCUUCUCCUAUAAAUGGCCUCAUCUCUUCCCAUUUAAGGAAACGUUUUUGAGGAUUGGAGACAAUAGAUUUUUACUAAAAAACUAAGAUCUUGUUUUUCUUUGGUAUCGAUUCUUUGCUUGCUCGAGUUAACCUCACUUGUCAUUAUCGUCUCAGUCUUGCUGCUCCGGAAGAGGGGAAAGAUUAAAUUGAGUGAAGAAUUUUCGGGGAAAAAUGGAUAAGGAGCAAGUGGAGCAAUUGAAGAUUCAAAUGCAGCAAUGGGUAAAUGAAGCUGAAAAAUUCAUCAAUGAUAUACCUCCUGUUCAACUGUAUGUUGCUGUUGGAGUUGUAUUAUCCACUCUCAUUUUGUUGUUAAUCAUUCGCUUGUUCAAAGGUACAGCAUCUAACACCAUUGUACUCACUGGGCUAAGUGGAAGCGGCAAAACAUAUCUUUUUUACCAGCUUAGAGAUGGUUCAGCCCAUCAGGGUACCGUGACGUCAAUGGAACCAAAUGAAGGCAGUUUUAUACUACACUCUGAAGAAGACAAGAAAGGGAAAUUGAAGCCUGUUCAUGUUGUUGAUGUCCCUGGGCACUCUCGUCUUAGGCCGAAACUAGAUGAGUUCCUGCCUCAAGCAGCUGGCGUCGUGUUUGUGGUGGAUUCGGUGGAAUUUUUACCAAACUGCCGUCCUGCUUCAGAGUACUUAUAUGAGAUCUUGACAAAGGCAAGUGUGGUCAAGAAAAAAGUUCCAGUACUCCUCCUUUGCAACAAGGUUGACAAAGUAACUGCACAUACAACAGAAUUCAUCAGAAAACAGCUGGAGAAAGAAAUCGACAAGCUUCGUACAUCAAGAACUGCCGUGUCUGAUGCAGAUAUCUCUAAUGAAUAUACGCUUGGUGUACCUGGAGAACCAUUUGCUUUUUCUCAAUGCCAUAACAGAGUAAUUGUUGCUGAAGCUUCUGGUCUAACCGGUGAGAUUUCUCAGCUGGAGAAGUUCAUUAGGGAGCAUGUGAAACCUUGAUUAUGGUAUUUCAAGCAAACGGGGGGCCCCUUUUUAUUUCCUUCUCUUUUAUUUUUGGUCCGGGAAGCUGAAAAUACUAUCAGAUAGACGAAAAAAACAUCAACUUGGGGAACAUUUUCCAAGUAGGGAUAGGAAUUUGAAGAGUUCUCCUUAUGUUCUAUUGGCAAUCCCCACCUAAACAUUAUGUUUGUUGUGCCUAGAAUAUCUUGUCAUUGGAUUUGAUUACUUCCCUUUAUUUUUGUGCUGGUUGCUCUUCAUGGCAAAGGACUUUCCUGUGCAUAAUUUUUCUUCAUUGAAUUCCUUUUCCUCCAUGUGUUGCUAGCGACAUUGAAGAUGUUCUUUUUUGUGUGCUUCUGAUACGUUUGAACUAUUGGAGAUGUAAAAUAGCACUUCUUUUAAUAAUUAAGAAGUGCUCUAACAUUAUUUGGCAUAUGGUUUGAAACUUUGGUGGAUAAUGAGUUC